CUUGUUUACUCCACCUACAACUAUGGCGCGUGCAAGUCGAGUGUGUGAUGUAAACCGACACAUUUAUUCAAACAGAAGUGGAGGGAUGAAACGCCAUUAGGAUAUCUCGUGUAUUUCAAGCUCUGAAACCCAUAAAUCCAGCCCUACGUCAAUCGUUUAUGUGCUACGUAUGCGUGUUUACUUAACUCGGCCAAGGAAGUUGGGAAAAGGAAAUUGUUCUUGACGUGUGAAUCGUUCACAACAAAAACCUGGAAAGUUCGCGAAGCUCUAUUCACUCAUACGUCAGCCCAGGUGUCCGUGAAUCGUAUAUAAACAGAAAGCGAACAGGAAGAUCAUCUUUUGUCUUUCUCCAGUAGACCGAAGCCUUUCAAAUCUUUAAGAUGCGAACCACGAUUGUAGUGGCCCUCUUCGCUGUGGUUGUUGCAGCACCCACCAACGAUAAGGAAGACAUCGCCAUAACCUCAACCACCAACGAAAUCAACGUAGAUGGAAACGAUGUGCAUGAUUUGGAUAUGGCUGAUGGAACAGAAGAUUACGAAGAUGGGAAAGUGAAGAAAUUCGGUACCAAACCAGAAGAUAUUGGAGUGGCUUCCAAGGGAUCGUAUUCGUACAACUUUCCUGGAACCAUCAUCACCGUCAACUGGAUUACCGACGAGAAAACGAAAGCUGUGCACACUUACAUUCAAGUCAGCUAUCCAAUGCAAAAGCCUGCUUGCAGGUCAAUGUCUUGCACGAUUGACGAUUGACAUAACUCGUUGGUAAACAUAAAAAGAUUACAGUUCCUAGUCGAUUGCGCCCAUUGGUGUUUUAACAACAUUUGUUUUAAUAAGUCUUCGUAAAGUAUAUAAAGAUUGUCAGCUAGCAAAAUUA